CCCGCUUCUUCAAAUUGAAACUGUUGUCGCUUCUUCUUCAUCUUCACCACUCUUGCAUUCUCUUCUUCACUUUGCAAAUCCCAUUCAGUUCAAAUUUCUAGGGUUUCGCUUCGAUUUUGUGAAUUGAUUUAGAGAGGUCGAAGAAUCGAGAAAGCUAUGUCCUUGCGACCGAGCACGAAGACAGAGAUCCGUCGAAUCCGUUACAAAGUCUCUGUAGAUGCGGAAGAAGGACGCAGAAGAAGAGAAGACUUUUUAGUCGAGAUUCGCAAGAGUAAACGCAACGAAAAUUUGAUGAAGAAACGUCGUGUAAAAGUUUUGCCUCCUGAUUACAAGUUGAUUUCCAACGACCCCUUUGAGAGUUUGUUGGAGAUAGCGAAUAUGAUCACUGGGGUUUUCUCGGAUGAUCCUUCAUUGCAGCUUGAGUACACAACUCGGUUCAGGGUGGUUCUAUCAUUCGAUAGAAGUCCACCUACUGAUAAUGUGAUAAAAUCUGGAGUUGUGCCACGUUUUGUAGAGUUUCUUAAGAAGGAUGAUAACCCUAAGCUUCAGUUUGAGGCUGCUUGGGCUUUAACAAACAUUGCUUCUGGCGCAUCUGAGCAUACCAAGGUAGUGAUUGAUCACGGUGUUGUGCCACUCUUUGUUCAGCUUCUUGCUUCCCCUGAUGAUGAUGUCCGUGAGCAGGCUAUAUGGGGACUGGGUAAUGUUGCUGGUGAUUCAAUACAGUGCCGUGACUUUGUUCUUAACUCUGGGGCAUUUAUUCCACUGUUGCAUCAGCUGAAUAACCAUGCUACAUUGUCGAUACUUAGAAAUGCGACUUGGACUUUAUCAAACUUCUUCCGUGGCAAGCCUUCACCACCCUUUGACCUGGUGAAACAUGUUCUCCCUGUACUUAAAAGACUUGUUUAUUCGGAUGAUGAACAAGUCUUGAUAGAUGCUUGCUGGGCGCUUUCGAAUCUGUCUGAUGCUUCAAAUGAAAAUAUCCAAAGUGUGAUCGAGGCGGGUGUUGUCCCAAGACUAGUUGAACUUCUCCAACACGCUUCUCCAGUUGUACUUGUUCCUGCACUUCGUUGCAUUGGGAAUAUAGUUUCUGGAAAUAGUCAGCAGACUCACUGUGUGAUCAAUUGUGGUGUUUUACCCGUUCUUGCUGACCUGCUUACUCAAAACCAUAUGAGAGGCAUAAGGAGGGAAGCUUGCUGGACGAUUUCAAACAUCACUGCCGGUUUAGAAGAACAAAUUCAGUCGGUUAUUGAUGCAAAUUUGAUUCCAUCGUUGGUCAAUCUGGCACAACAUGCUGAAUUUGACAUAAAGAAAGAAGCUAUAUGGGCAAUUUCAAAUGCUUCCGUGGGUGGUUCUCCUAAUCAAAUCAAAUACUUGGUGGAGCAGAAUUGCAUAAAAGCUUUAUGUGACAUCCUGGUUUGUCCAGAUCUAAGAAUCAUCUUAGUGUCUCUAGGUGGACUGGAAAUGAUUUUGAUUGCUGGAGAGGUGGACAAGAACCUAAGAGACGUGAACUGUUACUCUCAAAUGAUUGAAGAUGCAGAAGGGCUAGAAAAGAUUGAGAACUUGCAGCACCAUGGCAACAAUGAGAUCUACGAGAAGGCUGUGAAGAUUCUGCAAACAUACGGGCUUGUAGAGGAAGAUGGAAGGUUAGUUGAAGAGGAAGAUGAAGGUGGUGAUGGUUGUUCUCAUCCGGAAUUCCAGUUUGAUUUUUCUCGUUAAGAUCCCACAUAAUCUGAUAUUAGAUUUUGAUGUAAAGAAAUAGCUGUCAUAUUGAACCAAAAGCAUGCAC